AUUCUCCUAAUUGGCAAGUCAGUCAACUUCCUGAUGCAUGUCUGUGGUGAAUCGCAGAAUCUAAAAGAACUUGAGGCUAUCAAGAAUACUCGUCUGAAAGAGAUUGACUCUAUUUUUGCCCAAGAGUUCUCCCAAUCCUUCAACCUCAUGAUAUCAACGGCUUACAAACACACCAGCAAGAGACUCCUUGAAAUUCUCCUCUCCCAGUACCACUUUAUGGAACACUUAAAGGUUAGUUGA